GCGCGGACACAUCCACUUGGGCAGUGCCGCAGCGCUGAGCUCCCUGGUCCCCGGGGGUGAGGGUACCAGGGUGAAGUGGGUGGGAGGAGGGGGCGGUGCUCCUCCGCCUCCGCCGCCGCCUGCAGCUCCGCAGAGGCCUCCGCAGCAGCCUCCUGGCCCGCCCCCUCUUCCCCCCACCCCCCUGCCUGGAUGGUACGCUCCGGUCCGCCUGGCCCGGCUGCAGUGGAUGUUGCUAGAACCCACGCGGAGAAAGGAAGAGACGCAGGCAGGCUGCGGUGACCCGAGCGGCCGCCUCUGCCUCAGGGACCCCUUCCCCGAGAGACGGCACCAUGACACAGGGAAAGCUCUCCGUGGCUAACAAGGCCCCCGGGACAGAGGGGCAGCAGCAGGUGAAUGGCGAGAAGAAGGAGACUCCGGCAGUGCCCUCGGCCCCGCCCUCCUAUGAGGAGGCCACCUCUGGGGAGGGGCUCAAGGCAGGAGCCUUCCCCCCGGCCCCCUCGGCUGUGCCUCUCCACCCCAGCUGGGCCUAUGUGGACCCUAACAGCAGCUCCAGCUAUGAGAGUGGCUUCCCCACUGGAGACCAUGAGUUCUUCACCACCUUCAGUUGGGACGACCAGAAGGUUCGCCGAGUCUUCAUCAGAAAGGUCUAUACCAUUCUGCUGAUUCAGCUGCUGGUGACCUUGGGUGUCGUGGCUCUCUUUACCUUCUGUGACCCCGUGAAGGACUAUGUCCAGGCCAACCCAGGCUGGUACUGGGCAUCCUAUGCUGUGUUCUUUGCGACCUACCUGACCCUGGCCUGCUGUUCUGGACCCAGGAGGCAUUUCCCCUGGAACCUGAUCCUCCUGACCAUCUUUACCCUGUCCAUGGCCUACCUCACUGGAAUGUUGUCCAGUUACUACAACACCACGUCUGUGCUGCUGUGCCUGAGCAUCACGGCCCUCGUCUGCCUCUCUGUCACCGUCUUCAGCUUCCAGACCAAGUUCGACUUCACAUCCUGCCAAGGUGUGCUCUUCGUGCUGCUCAUGACCCUCUUCUUCAGUGGGCUCAUCCUGGCCAUCCUCCUGCCCUUCCAAUAUGUACCUUGGCUCCACGCAGUGUAUGCCGUGCUGGGAGCAGGCGUGUUUACAUUGUUCCUGGCUUUUGACACCCAGUUGCUGAUGGGUAGCCGACGCCACUCGCUGAGCCCUGAAGAGUAUAUUUUUGGAGCCCUCAACAUUUACCUAGACAUCAUCUAUAUCUUCACCUUCUUCCUGCAGCUUUUUGGCACCAACCGGGAAUGAGGAGCCCUUCCCACCCCUUCCUUCCUUCAGAGAAUGCCCCCUUGCUGGUCCUCUGACCCUCCCUGUGCUCCUGCAAGCCGAGAUAUAAAGCUAGCUGCCAGCCCAGCCUUUGGCCAACCCGCUCACUGUCCUCAACCCCACCCUCUGCAGCUUGUACCCAUGCCACCAGGGGCCCUGUGGAACCCGGUCGUACUGUCCCCUGUGCCGCUCCUUCCCCCAGCUACCUCUCCCAGACUGGGACCAUCAAGGCUGGAGGCCCCUCUGGGUUUGAGGACCCAAGGGAUGCGUGGGAGAAGCCCAGCAGGAUUUCAGAUGUGGGAAAGAGGCCCCAGGAAGCCCAGCUGAAGCCUGCAACCUGACUGUGAUUCCUCCUAGGGCCACCCACAGUGUGGGACCCUGGGGCACACUGUCCUGUGCCCAACCCCUGCCUCUCGCCCUCCUUCCAGUUUAGGCGUUGACGUUCUGUAAGGAAGUGGUGGGGAGGACAACUGGGAGACAAGAUGUGUGUGCUCUGCGGAGAGGCAAGGGUACUGGGUUAACAGGAUGGCUGUCCCAGGCUGCCCAGCCUCCCUCAGCUCUGGAACCAGGGGCUUGUUUUAGGCACUUGAGCCCUGGGGCAGAAGAGAGGGGCAGCAAGCCAGUACCAUCUGUGCUUGCCUUGGUCUACCCUUCUGGGUCACAACACAGCACUGCCAGGGCAGGAGGUGGGUGUAGGGGGGCCCUGCUCCUGAGUAGAGACCUGUCCUGAGAUUCCAAGGGAGCAAGCAGCCAAGCAACUGGGCUCUGCAGCAUCGCUGACUCUCCCAGACUUGCGUCCUCCUGGGAGAUGUGGCAGGACUGAGACCAACGUCCUCUCACUGUCUUCUCUUAAAUCCCCAGCCUGCUCUCACAGGCCUGAGGCUGAGUAAGGGCUUGAACACUGGAAGACUGGGUGUUCUGGGAAAAGGAGACUUAUUCUGGCUGCUGAGCCAGCAGCACCCACCCCGAACCCCUGACCCAGGAGGAAAUUGGGCCCUGCCUCCAGCCCUUCCCCAAGGCCUUUCUGCCCAUCUUACUUCCAAAACCUCCCUCAUCCACUGCCAGUUGCUGGCUUAGCCCCAGCCAGGCCUCCUGAGGCCUCCACUGGCAGUGCCCGUGUCUCUACUCCCAGCUUCUCUGACCACUCAGUUCAGAGGUCCAGGCCAUUCCACUCCUAUCUCCUCAUCUCUCCAAUUUGAAAACCAUCCAGCUGAUGUUAACAACCAGGGCAAGUCCCUCUGGCUGGUCUCAUGUGAUGGGAUCGGGUCUCCUUAUCAGCCUCCAGGCAGCUGAGAUCUCAGGCAGACUGUGUGCGUCAGCCACCAGUCCCCUGCAGGUCUGCUGGAGAGUGGACCAGGAGGCCACACCUAGGGGAAGUGUACAAGCUGCCUUGGCUAGUGGCUAACUCAGCCAGUGGAAAGUUACUGGGUGGAGUCAGGUUCAGAGUGGAUACCUGGACCCUUCCUUGACUGCUCCCUCCAGGGUUGCCUCUCUUCCCACAUGCCAGUGGCUCUCUUUGCCCCUGGGGAGGGUAACUAGGUAUGUUAUCUACGUAUUCUCAACCCCUCCCUCUCCAUCCUUCCUAUCUCCAACUUGUAAGAAAUAUUGCAGAAGUGUGUGAAGCUUUGUUCCAUCUUGGAUGUGAGGAGAGAGGGAAUCAAGAAUGGAUGGUGGUGGUGUUGGUAUGUGAAACGGAGAUAACUGAGAGCGUGGGUGGGUUGCUCCCUGUGUGCUGUCUAAAUUAACCCGUUACAGUGAUCCUGCAAAGGAAGUACUCUGCACAUGCCCAUGGCACAGAGGAGAGCUGAGGUGAUGGAGAGGCUUGAUCCAAGAUCCUACAGCUAACAGACCGGAUGGCGGCUGGAAUGAGACUGAGUGGUCAGGCCCUGACAGCUCGGGGGAGUUUGUGGUCCUGAGUAACCCCUCCCUGGCCUUCCAUCUCCCCCCUCCCCCGCUACCACCACCGGAUUUGCACUCUGUAGUUUCCAACUUCUAGACACAAGUUGGGAAGAAGGAUUCUGGUGCCUCAUUGCCAAGGGGCUCAUGGUAUUAAGCAAGUGAUUCUUGCUAACUAUGAUUCAGUUUUUCUAUGAGCAAAAUGGAAGACUGUGGCCAGAGUGCCACAGAGGGAGGCACCAGAACACAUAUUUGCACAGACUUUUUUUUAACCACCUCUCCUCUGAGGUCCCUUGAUUCCUCUUCUGAUUUCUAGUUUGAGUUCUAGAGGGGUUAUCUCCUCCACCCUUUGCCCUGUAAUUUUCAGCUUGGGCCUUGGUCAUACUUCUCAGAAUCCACCGAUCCAAGCCCUCCUCUUCAUAGGACAGUUCAUGAAGACACUGGGGAUUGAGAAGCUCUUCUGAGGCUAAGCUCCGAAAGCAUGGGGAGGAGGCAAGCACUCCACUCAGCCUUAAACGAUGUUGAGGGGGCCAGUCAGGGCCCCUCAAAGCAGAGUAUGCUGCAGAGGCCCCUGUUCUGGGUCCUGAGAGGGUGACCUGCUGGGCUGGCAGCAGAGCCAGGGCUGAGGCCCCUCCGUUCCACCUACACUGAAGCACGAGAUGCGUGGGGACACCUGAAUGGAUCUUGGAAGGAGGAAGGGCGGGGAACAGGAAUGCAGGAUUACGAGAAACAGAGAAACUGAAGCUGGGCAGGUGCCAUAAGCUGCAGAAGAGAAGGGGAACCUGUUGGCCCCUCACAUUUUUGGCAAGGGUGGGGCUGGGCCUGGGAAGCGACAGGUUGAUUUGAUAAAGCUGGAGGCAGCCAGGAACCUGACCAUCUGUGAUGUGGGUGGGAGAUCUCUCACUAAGGGGAAGAGAAAUCAAAGGAGCCUCUCUUGGGGAUUGUAGAUGAGGGGAGGCUAGGGAGGUAUACAUAAGUCCCUGGCCUCCAGCACCAGUCCCCAGGCUCAGGUGUGGCUCCUGUAUCACCUGGGGAAGCCCCAGGAAUCAUGGCUCUCCCAUCCUCAGCUUUACCUCCCAGGGGAGUCAGGAUGACCCAGACUCUUAUUCCAAACAAAAGGCUCCACCUCUCCCUGCCUGACCCACCUGGGAUUGCACACAAGCACUUUGCUGCCCCCCUGUGGCUUCCUGAGGAAAAGCAGGGCCUGGUUGUGCUGAGGAGAAGCAGACGGAGCCUGGGGUUUGCAGGCAGGAGCUGGCCUUUGGCCUUCAUGCCGGGCUCUUCUCAGAUCACCCCAGACCACUCUCCUGCUGUCCCCUUUAGUCCAAUCACUGUCGCGUCUCAGACACUGUUUACCUGUCUGCUGGAAACCACCCCUGUGCCCCCCAGCCCCAGAGCUUUCUCUCGGAUGUCUGAGGGCAGAGAACACUCCCAGGCAAGUCUUUCAGGCCUCAGCUCCUUCAAGUUUUCCCGGGGUCCGCGCUGUUUCCUUCCCUGGCCUCACCUUCUUGGUCUGUGUCUGACAGGAAAUAAGAAUAAAAGUAAUAAUGAUACAGAAA